AUGACAGCAAUGCAUAAAGCUUCAUUUACGAAGCAUGAAGAGCUGCAGAGCUUGAUCACCGGCGUUCUCCGUCGCCGAGGAAUGCCAUGCUACCUCCAAGUCUUGGGGGCUGGGUGCGACGUCGGACGUAGUUGCCUCCACCUAUCCUUCUCAGGUGCAAACCUGCUUCUCGACUGCGGCGCCCAUCCGGGGUUUGCUGAUGCAAGACGGUUCCCGGAUUUCAAAUCCCUUGGCUCGAAAUUGUCUUCACUCGACGCGAUUCUCAUCUCUCACUUUCAUUUCGACCAUGCAGCAGCGUUGCCGUUGCUCACAGAAACAUUGCAAUGCCAAGCUCCUCUGUACAUGACGGAACCGACUCGCGAUUUAGCUGAACUCAUGCUUUCUGAUUUCAUCUCAACCUCCGCUUCAAGAAGACAGCACUGCCCUUUUUCAAAGGCCGACGCCCGCAAUUGUCUUGCUCGAGUUCGUCUGUUGUGCUUGGGGCAGACCACAGCAAUCCAGGGAAAAAGCACUGAAAUAUCGGUGACUCCCUACUACUCUGGCCACGUACUUGGAGCAGUGAUGCUACAUGUCAGAGUAGGUUCAACUUCCGUUCUGUACUCAGGAGACUACUCAACACGAUCUGACCGUCAUCUUCGAGCUGCCAAUGUGCCGUUCGGGCUUGAACCAGAUCUUUUCAUUACGGAGGCCACUUACUGCUCGACUGUGCGAAGGGAAGGGCGCAGAGCACAAGAAGAUGCCCUCAUGAACGCAGUCACGGAGGCGGUUUGUAAUGAAGGCAAAGUCCUUGUCCCGAUUUCGGCAUUUGGACGUGUUCAUGCUGUAUGUGCGCUCUUCGCAUCGCAUCCGGAUGCUGACUUGUUGAAGAACGUCCCAUUAUACGUUGUCAGUGGCCUGGCAUCCAAGGCCAUCAACUCGUACGAAAAACACACAGACUGGACUGCGAAUACAAAGAAAGGUGAUUCCACACAUACUGAUGCAUCCCUUCCGAACGAUGGAGUAGAGCAACAGGCAACGCUGGCUUGUGACCCUUUUACUUCCCGGCUUAAAACUUUUAACAGAAACGAGCAUUGGGGAAUGCUUGAGGCUCCUGGGUCUAUGAUCCUGUUUGCAACACCUGGGAAUAUGUCCACUGGACUAUCUCUCGAUGUGUUCAGGGAAUGGGCAUCAGACUCGCGAAACACUGUGGUGGUUCCUGGGUUCUGUUUUGCAAAUACCUUUGCCUCCAAGCUAAUCUCUGGACAUUCUGUGGAAGGUCACUCGUCUGAAAUAAAUUGCCGAUUGGUGAACAUGAUGUUCGGCUCGCAUGCUGAUGCUCGGGGUAUAGUACGGACAUGCCGCAAAGUGAAAGCUCGUGCGGUAAUGUUGGUCCACGGGGACCGCGACAAAGUUACCCAAUUCCGACAGCAGCUAAGCGAUGCCUUAGAAGUUCCGUGCUUUGCACCAGCGAAUGGGGAUACCGUCGUGAUUUCAACGUCCUCACCUUCCCGUUUAUCACCGAGUUUGAGUCGUAAUCAGAUUGGAUGGUUUGAGCCCUACAUACUGUAUGUGCCUGUCGCUUUCGGGUCAGACUGCAUUUUUUCUUCUGUACAUUUUAUUCGGUCUUGA